AUGGCCCUUCCAGCCUUGAACGCGCUGGAGGAAUGCUCCGACUUCUCAAAGACCGUCGAGCCCUUCAUCCCUCAGCUGUACGAGCUUCCCAACAAGCUCAUCGAGGUCUUCACGUCAGGUGGAAGCCUGCGCGCACUCUAUCUCAGCACCAAUCCGCUCAUCUCCGCGUUCGCCUUUUCGCUAGUGCUCGGCCUGGUCUUCUUGGUCGUCUCCGAGAUCAACAAGAACUAUUCGCAAGUUGAUAGAUGCUGGAGCAUAUUGCCCACAGUCUACCUGGCCCACUUCGAUGUGUGGGCGCGCAUGGCUGGCCUGCCUAGCGAGAGACUGGAUACCGCGCUCAUCUUUGGCAUCGUUUGGAGCAUUCGAUUGACCUACAACUACGCACGAAAGGGAGGAUACAACAUUGGCUCUGAGGAUUAUAGAUGGGAGAUUGUCCGCAAAAACGCUCCGGCAUGGGCUUUCCAUCUCCUCAAUAUUGUCUUCAUCUCUUUCAUCCAGAGCGUCCUACUCUUCCUGAUCGCCGCCCCCGCAUACCCGAUGUUGCUCGCCAUCCAGUUCGAGCCGCAGGCAUCUACCGCAGACUACGUAUUCAUGUCCAUCCAGCUCGGGCUUGUCACCUUGGAAUGGUUUGCGGAUCAGCAACAGUGGGACUACCAUGGCGCCAAAAAGCAAUACCAAGAGACAGCCAAGGUUCCUUCAGGGUACACGCACGCCGAGGUGGAGCAAGGGUUCGUCUCAAGCGGUCUAUGGGCUUAUAGCCGGCACCCCAACUUUGCCGCCGAGCAAACCAUCUGGUUCCUACUCUACCAGUGGAGCUGUUAUAAUACAAAGGUCCUGUACAGCUGGGCUGGUAUUGGCUCGGUGUCUCUGCUCUCGCUGUUCCAGGGAUCGACGUGGCUCACGGAGCUCAUCACUUCUGGAAAGUACCCGGACUAUAAGGAGUAUCAGAAGCAGGUUGGCAUGUUCGUACCUACAGGCCGGGCCUACAAGGCACGGGCUUUGCCCAAAGGCCCCAAGAUCAUUAAGACGAGCGAGCUCACGAAGAAGAAUGAGAAGAAGAAGCACAAGUGA